AGGAGAGAGAGAUGCGAGGCCACGGCUGGAGCUGAGCCCGCGAGACAUAGCCAGAAAUCCCUUAAUCACAACUCACUCGCUCGCUCAGGCUCACGUUCUUCAGUAAGCGUUCAGAGGACCACCAGAGACCAUGUCGGUGCUGGCAUUGCAAGAAUACGAAUUCGAGAGGCAGUUCAAUGAAGAUGAGGCGAUUCGGUGGAUGCAGGAGAACUGGAAGAAGUCUUUCCUCUUCUCUGCGCUCUACGCUGCCUGCAUACUCGGUGGGCGGCAUGUAAUGAAACAAAGGGAAAAGUUUGAGCUGAGGAAACCUUUAGUAUUAUGGUCUUUAACACUUGCCGCCUUCAGUAUAUUUGGUGCCAUCAGAACUGGGGGCUAUAUGGUAAACAUUUUGAUGACCAAAGGCCUAAAGCAGUCAGUGUGCGAUCAGAGUUUCUACAACGGGCCAGUCAGCAAGUUCUGGGCUUAUGCUUUUGUCCUCAGCAAAGCACCUGAACUAGGUGACACACUGUUCAUCGUGUUACGCAAGCAGAAGCUGAUCUUCCUGCACUGGUAUCAUCACAUCACAGUGUUGCUCUACUCCUGGUACUCCUACAAGGACAUGGUGGCCGGCGGGGGCUGGUUCAUGACCAUGAACUAUCUGGUUCACGCCGUCAUGUAUUCCUACUAUGCUCUUCGGGCAGCCGGCUUUAAAAUCUCUCGCAAGUUCGCCAUGUUCAUCACCCUGACACAGAUCACCCAGAUGGUGAUGGGCUGCGUCGUCAACUAUCUGGUGUAUUUAUGGAUGCAACAAGGCCAAGAGUGCCCGUCCCAUGUGCAGAACAUUGUGUGGUCAUCGCUCAUGUACCUCAGCUACUUUGUGCUGUUCUGCCAGUUCUUCUUUGAAGCCUACAUCACCAAGAGGAAAUCCAACGCAGCCAAGAAAAGCCAAUAAAUGAGAAAAUUAUUUUACACUAGGAGAAGUUGGGAGGAAAAAGUGGACCAAUGAAUGGAAAGCAGACGGAUGAGCUUUUGUGGUUAGGGCUUAUGGACUUGCAGAAGUAAAAAGCAAAGACCAUGAGGGGCUACUAUCAAAGCAUACUGUACUACUAAUGUAUAGAGAUAAACCUCCACACCAGUAGGGGGCUCUAUUGAGCUGCACUGAGGAAUCAAAAUGAUUAUAUCAGUUGAAGAAAAAAAAUGUGUCUUUAUGUGAUGUUUAUGUGCCCAAUGCGAUUCAAUGUGUUAAAAAAUGUAUAGAUUAAAAAGGAUGAAAGAAAAAUUCAAGUUGAAGUUGAAAUGGACUGGGACAUUUUGAAAAAAA